AAGUCUGAAGAACCAGAACAGGAAGCCAGAACACGAAAGAGGACAAUGGCAGACCUACUGAAACCUACCAAGUAUAUUGAUAGAGACAUCAAACCAAUAAUGCAACCGUAUGGUAACUGGGUGAAGUACCUGGUACCUGCCCCAGACGCCAUAGCCAUUCUAGGGGAGCUGGUCAGAAUCUCCAAUAAUUUAGAUUUCUCCAUCAACAAAAACCCUCCAAAAGAUGGCUUUCAGUACAUCAAGUACCCAGACUCAUUCUCUGCCUGUCUUAUGGAAGUGGUUCAUUCUGGAUGGGCGGCAUUCAAUGAGGCUCACAAGAACAUGGACCAGAUCCGUCUCCACACUGGCAAUGUGCCAGCUUACAUGGAAAGGAUGUUACUACAGGACAGUGAUGAGUGGCGCCAGAAACUCCUCCCUGUCACAGUGGAAGACAUGUCUUCUAUAUCUGACGAAUGUGUAAAAUUGGCUGAUGAAACAGAGAAAAAGUUCACCUUUGUUAUUAAUCUGAUCCAAGAACUUUUAGAAGCUUGUAAAAGUGCAAAGAAGGUAUAUGGUAGUGAUCUGGAGAAUGUUGAACGUAAAUGUAAGGAGCUAGAAAUUGAGAAAGAGGCAUCAAAUCUAGCUACUGAAAGAGCCCAGAAAAUGUUUGAUUACAUAAAUGAACAGGUAACAGCAGCAGAGAUUAAUUUCGAUGAAGCAAUGAAAAAAGUACCAUCUGGAUGGAAAGUGUUUUCUAUGAACCUGUCAGAUGCAUUUAUAGAUGGUAUGUUAACAAUUUUGUCUUUACUGACAAGGAUGACUGCAAAGAGCAGAGGUCAAAUAUGUAAUGUAAAUGUUAGAAAUACCAUAGCUGGUUCCCAGGAUGCAAAAAAUGAAAGUGAGGAUACCCUUGCUAUGUGUAAUAUACUCACCAAAGCAAUACUGCUUCUGAAGCUGACUGAAACACUAAACAGCUUCAUUGACAAAGAGGAAAUUAAAUGGUCUGAAAUAUAUGAUGAAAAUGAAAAUAUGGCAAAGACAUUAUACCUGGGGGAACAAUAUAAUCAGGUGAAAACCUCAAUGGAGAGUGAGAAAAACUGUAAAGCUAAAAAGGUCGCACUUGACAUCUGCACAGACGCCAUUAAACUGUGCUCUGAGCUCACCGAGAUCGCACCUGAAGGGAAAUGCGAUGCUGUGAAGACAAAAGCCAUGAUUGGAAGAAUGCAGAGUCUGUUGAAACAGUGUCAGAUAUUUGACCGUGAGAACAAAGCCUUCACAACCACACCAGUUUUUACUCCUGAACCCCCACAGCAAGCUAAGGAAAGUGGCAAAAAAUGGGCAGGUGAUAUGGCGGCGGGAAAUGCCCAACUCCGCAUAGAGCAGAGUCAAGCCCAGCUGGACAAGGUGAGAGUGAAGCAACAAGAGGGUUUGGAAAACCUGGAGAAAAACCAGAAGGAGCGGAUGGAGAUCUUAACAGCAUUGGAAAACUGUAAGGUGAAAGAGUUUGACAUCAGCACCACCAUUGAAAUGCUGGUCAAAGGUCUAGAUGCCAUGGGAAGAGAGAAAGCAGAGUGGGAGACAAUGGUACGCUUCUUUCAGAUGAUCUCAAACAUUGUCAAAACCCGCAUGGAUAGGUCUCUGAAAACAUUAGCCAAACAAUCUCAGAACCUAUCUGAAAAAGAGAGGUUUAUGUGUAGGCUGAAUGCCGACAUGGUUAUGCAGGCAUUACUCGUAACCUCCCUCAUUAACAAAUUGUCAGAGACCUACUAUAAUCUUUCUGAAAAACACCUGAUGGACACAAUCAACAUUCUGGGAAAACUUCCGGCUCUGGAUUCUGCCAGCCCAGAUUUUGAAAGGGAAUAUGAAAUAUUUCGGGAGGCUUGUAAAAAAGCUAAAGAUGCAAUAGAUGAGCUUAUGACGGAUGAACAGAAACAACAAAGAAACAAGAAACAAAGAAAAUUAUUCCCAGCUUUUGAGAAUGAAACAACUGAAAUCACAGGUUUUGCAUUAAAAAAACGAGUCAGGAGGAUGAUCAGUUUGUAUGAAGAUUAUGGAAAUACAUGUAUAAAUUACAACAAAAUCACAAACAUACUUGAUUAACAAACAUACACAUGCAUGCACACAUGUAUACACAUAUUAACGUUAAUGUAUUCAUCUCAUGCUAGAAAAAAUUUAUCUGCUCUUGUUUUGAUUCAUUGCUCAUAUUUGAUACAUUUGCAUUAUUUAGGUCACAUUUUCAUUUACUGAUUCCAACUGUAUUGCUGUGUGAAAUACUAUGUGCAAAGUGUCAAAGGAUUUAAACUUUAAAAACAGUUUGCCAAACUACACACAUGAGAUACGGGGUUUAACAUUUUUCUAGCUAAAGUGGCAGGUUUGAAGACACCCUGAGUUUGUGACACCAACUAACUUCAGCACAACCCAGGAGUGGAGAUCCACUUACAGCAGAGACUUGGAGUCGGAGGCCUGACCUCACUGUCAAAGCUCAAGAAAGAAGAAGACGAUGACAACCCAGGGGUCUCACCAAAGAUCACGUCCAUCUCACAGCUCUGGGAUCGUGUUUGUUUGCAUGUUUUCCCUCAGUUCUGCUGGCUGAGCUCUGUAACUGUAAUGCACUGGAAAGUGUGUCUCCUCCCUGCAGUGCUACAUAUUUUGUAAAAAACAAUGGCACUCGGGUUUGAGCUUUUAAAUGCAGACUUGCUUUUGUAUAUUUAAUUUAAAAAGCUUAAAUUUUUGCCUGGUAUAUAUUUACAUUUCUUUCAUUGCAAAACAUUAUUAGCAAUAAAAUGUAUUAGAUUUCAUAAAUGGCAUCUUCUGUAUGAAUCAAAUCAUUUUAAUAUUAAGAUUUUUUUCUCUAAUCAAGCCAAAAUUACUCAUGA